AUGUCGGAUGAUCAGGAUGAUAAGAUCCUUGUAUCCGAACUAAUGACCCGGUAUCUUGAGUGUCCAAUUUGUGUUGAGGAAUAUGAUGACGAGACCAACGUCCCAAUGCUGUUACCAUGUCAACAUGCAUACUGUUCGCAAUGUCUCGAGAAGUUACCGCAACAUAGCGGAAGUAUCACGUGUCCUCAAUGUAAUAAAGUUCAUAAGUAUGAAAGUGAGAGCACAAAAUAUACAAGGGAUCUCACAAGAGGGGACUUGGUGGAUUUCAUCAGGAAUAAAACGGUACCUAAGUGUGAGAAAUGUACAUCGAAAAGGGCUGAUUAUAAGUGUUUUACUUGUUCAAAGGUGCUUUGCAAUAUGUGCAAUUUAAAGACUCACGAGAAAAAGCCAUAUCGACAUCAUGUACAACAGCCACUUAUUAAAAACACAAAAUAUGUUAACAAUAGAUGUAACAAAGAUGGCCACGAUAAUGGAUUUUUGAAAUUUUUUUGCAUGGAAUGUUGUAAAAUUGUCUGCGCUCAUGGAGUGAUUGAAGAACAUAGAAAUGAAGACCUACAUGAAGUGGUAACAGCUGACAAAGCCUGUAGGAGUUAUCGGUGUCAGCUCGACCAUAUACUGACUGACAUGAGGCAGGAAAUCGCUUACACCAAACUCCAGAAUAAAUGUAUAACAAACAGACUUAGACAAAACAGUUGCGCUGAAGAUGAACUAAUAAGGUUGUUUAAUCUUUUAUACACAUCUGGAAAAAUUCCCAGUGACCGUGAAGGGGAAUGUAAAAAGUUCUGCUAUCAAGUAUGCAGAGGACGUGUUAAGUCUUUAAGAGACAAAAUGCAAUCUUCUGAGAAAUAUUUGGAACAAAUGAAGAAAUUUAAAUCUCAUCUUUCAAAAACAAUAAUUGAAAGCAAGGACACACUUCCGUUUUUAUCAAAAAGUCGAUCAGGAAUGAAACGGAUUGAAAUUCUUAAGCAGAAUUUUCAAAAAGCUCUUAAUCACUUACAGGACAUUAUGAACAAAGAAGUGGAAAUCGCAAUUCCCGCUGUGAUAAAAGAUGAACGUCCGAUUCAGGAGUUAGCGGAAGUCAUUGUAGUUCGUCGUGUACCACGUGUAGAGACAUUCAACUUCAGACGCUCGACGACGCGGUUGAUAGUUAGACCUCACCAAGAAAAUUGGUCUUUUGCAUGGCUGUUUAUAUUUUCUAGCAUACUUUAUAUCGUUUGGCUAAGCGGAGCAGCCAUAAGCGCCUCAAUAGAUCGCCAGAGCCGACACUGA